UAUCACACCAAGUUGACGGUGGUGUCGGCACUACUUGGUGAAAAAUCGUACUUGAUUUUCGCCGAUCGGCGCGGCGCGCUAUCAGUUGAUAGCUAUUUGGCAGUGAACUGGACAAGGCGAAAUCAAGCGGUUGGCUGUACUGGCCUAGUUUUCAUCGAGCUUUCAAAUGGACAUGGCGCACGCUGUCGGCGCAGCGUGGUACAGCCCUGAAAGGAAGUUUUGAUUUUCCGUAUACAGGCGUGAAAUUUUUCCCCCGUAAUACCCUGAUGUUUAAGUCGAUUAUAUCGUAUUUGCUAUCUAGCUCUUAUAGCAUACAGACCGCGAAAUUUCGAUCCUUUAAGUGUGAGAAGAAUUGUAUUUUGAUCUUUUGUUCAGUGUUGUGUUGAAAUCCAUCGCGAUGAUGUUCUACGGGCAGUUGUUUUUGAUGGGGUUUGGCGUGUAUGCGUCGUUCCUGUGGGCGUACAACACAUUCCUGGAAUCGCUGCUCGGUCUCAUUUGGGGCACCAUCAAAGGGUGGUUUCGAAAUAGACCACUGACGGAACGAUAUGGACCAUGGGCAGUUAUCACGGGUGCAACCGAUGGUAUUGGUAAAAGAUACGCGGAAAUUUUGGCAAGCCACGGCAUGAACAUUGUGCUGAUAUCACGCAGUGAACCAAAGCUUAUGAAGGUGGCCAACGAAAUUUACGAAAGGUACAAUGUUCAAACCCGUUGGGUGGCGGUGGAUUUCUCCCGAGGUCCAGAAAUCUACAAGAUGAUUAAGGAACAGAUCGAAGGGCUGGAUAUCGGUAUUCUCGUAAACAACGUCGGAUACUACCCAACAGUGCGAACUUUUGACCUCAACUCUGAUGACGAAAUCGUCUCAACGAUCAACAUCAACAUUCUGAGUACAUCGAUGAUGACACGGAUUGUGCUCCCCGGGAUGAAGUACCGCAAGCGCGGCAUCAUCGUCAACAUAUCGUCAACUUCCUGCUACCGACCGGCCGCCUACUUGAAUAUGUACGCAUCGGCGAAGGCCUUCGUGACCAACUUCAGUUUGGCUCUGCACCACGAACUUCGCGGAAGUGGCGUCGAGUGCCAGGUGGUUACUCCCGGGAUGGUGCAAACCAACAUGAUCAAGAAGUUCGAAGGCGAUGUUCCGUGGUACAUAUCGAUUACAACGUCGGAUUCGUUGGCCAAGUUUGGAGUGUUCUCGCUUGGAAAAACGGCACACACAACCGGUGGAUGGAUGCAUGCUUUCCAGGUUUGUUGGCAAGACUUACUUCCUUUGUCGUUAGGUACAUUCUUCAUUUCGCUUAUUACCAAAAAGGCUGUUGGUAAAUGAGUUAUUUAGUGUAGUAAACUAGUUUAUAACAAUACUGAAAGCUUCGUUUUAAAACCCCACUUGAACAGAAUAUGUAUAAGUUCUUCAAACACCCAAAUCACAAACACUUUCUGAAAUUAAAAAAAAAUUAUAUAUUCUCUUCCAUUAAACCAUUCAUCAGCGCAGGGCAUUUUUCAUCACACAAAGAGUUUUCGAGGAACAUUUCAAACUGAUUUCUACUUGAAAUGAUAUUUUGUUUAAAAAUCGGGGUAGAGUACCUUGUCGAAGCAAAAGACUGAUCUUAGGAUUUGUAACAUAUGCGUAGUAUCGCGAAGCGAUUUCGACACAAAAAUAAUUUGAUGCGAGAUAUGUUUUUUUUUCUAAAUUAAUUAUAAUGUGAUCGAGUUGAGUUUUCAAAAUAAAGAGUUUUUUAAA